CUAAGAUGCUUGCUUUUGGCGGUUUCGGAGCCGACCCAAGUAGAAACGAAGACGCAUAGCCACAGGCCGGUUCCAGCUGAGGUUUCUAGGACAAUUAUGGAGUUGGUGUCUGUGGGCACGCUUUCUACUCUGACCCAAGAGGGUUGGCCUUUGGGCAUUGGCGUCCGGUUCGCGGUCGACCCAGAAGGGACUCCGGUGUUGUGCUUGAAUGCCUCUAAUCGGCAGUUUUCUAUUGACAUGAGGUCUAGCUUCCAUGUCCAGUUAGAGCAAAACGGGCUGCGAACACCUCAGUGCACGAUUUUAGGCAGCAUUGACAAACCGGAAGACAGGGCAAUGUUGAAGUACCUUCAUUCAGUAUCGAAAAAGAGGUUUGGAGAAGAAGUUGAUGAAGAUCUGAUAUAUGUUGUUUCUGUGGAACAGGUACUUCAGUUGGAGGACUUUAAGAGGUUGGUAUGUGGGUUACAUCUUCAGAUUGAAAAGCUGGUAAAUGAGAUAAACACCAACAACAUUGAAGAUAUUAAUCGUUUUUGCAACGUCUAUGCUGAUUUGAACUUCCAGGUUUCUGAAGCAAAAUAGGCUUUGACCUGCGCCUUUGGUCUCCUCAGGAAAGUAUAUUUGAGGUUCGCAUUCCCUUCCCCAGGGAUGUGACGGAUGAGAAGGGUGUGAAGUCAAUGUUUAACUGCAUGUCUCAAUUAGCUUGGGAGGUGGAAAAGAAUUUCCAUGCCCCAGAUGUCGAAAGGGUGAAACAAGUUAAGCAGAUAGCCUAAAAGAGUAAACGUUGUGCGUGCUGUGUCCAACUUCUUUUAGAUGCACAAAGGGAAACUUGGUUGAACUUUGUUAUGUUCCGAGGUUAUGACGGCCAACUAUUCCCCUCAAAUUGAGCUUGGUGAUUA